AUGAAGUUGUCAGAUUAUUAUAUAGACAAGGAAUUAAUUUACAAUAGUGCCAUUUCUGAUAUAUAUACGGCUAUUGAUAAGUUUAAUAACUUACCAGUAUGUCUUAAAAUAGUUGAUGAAGAUUUCAGUCUUCCACCACAUUCAAUCCAUCGAGAAGUUCUUAUACUUAAAACUUUGAAACCACAUCCAAACAUAAUUGAAUAUUUUAAUGAUCUUAAAAUUUGUGACGAUAUUAUAUUAGUCACCAAAUUGUAUCGUUAUGAUUUGAGUCAAUUGAUUGAAAUUACAAAAUAUUGUAAACGAACAACACGAUUUAUUUAUGGUAUUAAUGGUAAUCUUGUUAGUAAUCAAUAUACACUUGCUAAUGAAAUUGAAGAAAAAGAUAUCAAAUUAUGGUUAAAAUCAAUGAGUUCAGGACUUGAAUUUAUUCAUUCACAAGGGAUAAUUCAUCGUGAUAUAAAACCCAGUAAUAUUUUCUUUGCCCGGGAUGAUAUAACACAACCGAUUAUUGGAGAUUUUGAUAUUUGUUAUGAUUUAAAACUGCCACCUAAAGAUGAACCCCCUAUGGCGAAAUAUAUUGAUGUAUCUACAGGUAUUUAUAAAGCACCAGAAUUGAUUCUUGGUAUAACUAAUUAUGAAUAUGAAAUUGAUAUUUGGUCAUUGGGUAUAAUUUUGACUGGUUUAUAUUCAGAAAAUUUUCAAAGUGUUUUAGUCAAAGAUGAUAAAGAAUUGACUAAUGAUUCUCAUGUUAGUGAUUUAUAUUUAUUAAAUCAAAUAUUUGAAAAUUUCGGUACACCCAAUUUAACUGAUUUUGAAGAUGAAUUAUUUUGUGAUGAAUAUAAUAAUGAAAACUUGCAUUUUAAAAAAUUCAAUUUACAAAAAUAUCCUAGAAAAGAUUGGGAUAUUAUUUUACCUCGAUGCAAUGAUGAUUUCAUGAAAGAAAUUUUUACCAAGAUGAUUAGAUAUGAUCGAAGUAAAAGAAUAACUUCUAAAGAAAUCUUACAAUUAAUGUUAGAUUGA